AUGACGCUCCAUGGAAAUGGGAACCUGUCAGUGGUGCUCUGGCGGAAGUUUGUGCUGGAGGGGUUCCGGGGAGGUGUGGAGACACAGGCCCUGCUCUUUGCCGUGUUCCUGGCCCUGUAUGUGGUGACCAUCAUGGGCAACCUCACCAUGAUCGUAGUCAUCACCCUGGAUGCCUGCCUGCACUCCCCCAUGUACUUCUUCCUCAAGAACCUGUCCUUCCUGGACCUCUGCUACUCGUCUGUUUUUGCCCCCAGAGCCCUGGCCGACUUCUUCUCUUCCUCUAAGGUCAUCAGUUUUGGAGGCUGUGCUACUCAGUUUUUUUUUUUGUCCCUGUUUGGUACCACAGAGGUUUUCCUUUUGGCUGUGAUGGCCUAUGACCGCUUCUUGGCCAUCUGCAGCCCCCUGCGUUACCCCAUGACCAUGUCCUCCACGAUGUGUGCCUGUCUUGUUCUGGGUUCCUACUGUGGAGGCUGCCUCAACUCCAUCGUGCAGACCAGCCUCACGUUCCAGCUCCCCUUCUGCAGCUCCAACCGUAUUAACUACUUCUUCUGUGACGUGUCCCCUCUGCUGCAGCUGGCUUGUGCUGAUACAUCAAUCAAUGACCUUCUAUUGUUUGGCCUCUGUGGCUUCAUCAUUGUCAGCACCACAGUAGCGGUCCUUGUGUCCUAUGGCUACAUCACAGUGACCGUCCUCAGGAUGCACUCAGGAUCCAGGGGACAAAAGGUAUUUUCCACCUGUGGCUCCCACCUCACUGCUGUGUGCCUGUUUUAUGGAACCCUGUUUGUCAUCUAUGCACAGCCAGGAGCUGUGGAGUCCAUGGAGCAGAGCAAGUUUGUCUCCAUCUUCUACACCUUGGUCAUCCCGAUGCUCAACCCCCUCAUCUACAGUCUGCGGAACAAGGACGUGAAGGACGCCCUGCGGAGGCUGGGGCAGAGAUGGGCAGCCCUGUGGAGAGCUGGCUAGAGGGAGACAGGUACCUGGGGUUCUGCAGGUGGAGGGAAGGGCCCUGUGUGUCACAUUGCAUGUCACAAGAACAGCUUCAUUUUGGUUUU